CUGUGCCCCAAACAGCCAAUUCCAGCAAAUGAUGAAUGGGGAAACGUCAGUGCUGGCGGUGCCUGGAGCUCUGGCCCCUGCACACCCCGCCUGGCCACAUACUGACACCCCUAGCUCCCCCCUCAGCACAAACAUCUACAAACGAGUAUCCCAAAGCUCUCUUGCGCUCGAGAAGGUCCAGAAAUCCCAGCUGCUGCACAUCUCGUCCACAUCCGUGAGCACUGACUAGGCGCCAUUCGCAACACUGCCCAUCAUGGCGACGCAGUACGAAGUCGAGCACAACAUCAAGUCGGCCGAGGAGCCCCGGCACAGGCGGCAGAUUGACAUGUCGACCUUUACGGCGCACCUGGAGCAGAUCAGGCCCGGCAUGGCUCCUUCGCAGCAGCAACACAACAACCCGCACGCCACGGCUAACCCGUCGGACCUCUCGACCAUGUUCCGGCUGGUGCAGGACCAGCUCGGCACGCUGGCCGCGGACGCGCCGUCCGAGGAGAACCGGGCGCUGCUGGCGGGCCUGGUGGAGGCGCUCGAGGCCGACAUCGCGCACCCGCCCUACGAGGCGCAGGGAGUGUCGCAGGCCUUCGUCGACGGGCUCGACCGCGUGCCCCGCAGGAGCCUCAAGCCGCAGGACGCCUGCCCCAUCUGCGCCGAGCCGCACCUCGACGACGAGCACUGCCUCGUCGUCGAGCUGCCCUGCCACAGCUCGCACCGCUUCGACCUCGAGUGCGUCGCGCCCUGGCUCCUCAGCAAGGGGACCUGCCCGCUCUGCCGCAAGGAGAUGGACAAGCGCAAGGAGCCCGAGCCCAAGGCGGACGACGAGGGGGAGGAGUACGACGACUUUUAUGGCUAGGCGGAGGAUUCAGCUUUUUUGAGGUCUAUGGACUUUGACCCAUCCUUCUAUUGUACACAUUAAGCAUGCCUUCCUGUUGAUCUUUGGCCAUCGUAUUUCCCCUUCAAAGCCAUGGACACCCGUCACUCCUUGGCGUGUACAGGCCUCCUCCUCUGGCUGUCACGUUAUUUCUUUUUGUUGCUUCCUCCACUGCGCGUCUGCUUCUGCUGUCCGGAUGCCUUGCCCUCCUUCGCCUUGCCCGCCGAGAGGUCCGGAUUCGCGGGGCUGAACUCGAGCGGGUUGCUGCCGUUGCCCGCCGUGUCCUUCUCCGUCUCGGGCUUCGUCUUGUCCGGGUUGAAGGCGGCGUCGUCCCGAUGCGCAGCGGCGUCGUCGCCCCCCUCGUCCCCCUUGACGUACUCUUGGGCCUUGGGCUUGAGCGAGUCGCGGUCCUGGGCGUCCUUGUAUGGCAGCUGGGCCGGCGAGGUCCAGUGGUAUGGGCUCUUGCGUUGCGUCGCAGCCGCUGCCGCCAGCCUUGCAGGAGCCGGUAUGGCGAAGCCUGCGGCGCCCCCGCGGUUACGAAGCAGGCGGGCGCCGGCUUGGCAGAGGGACUGAGUGCGCGACAUAGUCUAGGUGGAGAUACGGAGGUGGGUGCAGUCACAAUCUAGAUGGCGGAUCGAUUAAAGAGGAUAUCGUACAGUAGCUUGUUCCAGUUCAAUACACAAUAUGGGCUAGAAUUGGAGUGAA